AUGGCCAGUGUUGACAUUUCCAGUCAUGGCUCGUCGGAUCCCUUCUCUGACCAAGCCGCAAUCCAAGACGAACGCGAGACAAUCGCAGAGUCCACGUUGGGCGUCGGUAGAAAUGCCACUCUGACGCUCGGUACUGACGCGGUCAUUGUUCUAGAUGAAGGCCUCCGCGGAAGCGAAGGAUUCGACUGCUUUGGAUUCUUUUCUCAGAGAACCACAAAUACCCGUUCCAUUCCUUACUUUAAUGUCCUCUGGACGGAAAUCGUCAAGAGCGAGCUCACCAUUCAUUACGCGAAACCAACCUCCAAGUCAGCAAAUUCCCCUGUUGUCGUCGCAUAUAUCAACUAUACCCUUGACAAUUCUACUGCGAUACUGGAAAAGGCAGAGAGAUGGGUCGAGCGUCUGUUACGACGGUCAUACGGCCAUGCUCAACGCAAUAAAAGGAUAAAAGUUCUGAUAAACCCCUUUGGAGGAAAGGGAAAGGCGGUUAAACAGUACAGCAAAGAGAUUGAACCUAUAUUUGCGGCAGCCCGAUGCGAAAUUGACGCCGAGCAGACAACACAUCGUGGCCACGCGGUCGAGAUUGCUCAAAAUUUGGACAUUAAUGCAUUCGACGCCAUUGCGAGUGUGUCUGGGGAUGGCUUGCCCCAUGAAUGUAUAAACGGCCUCGCAAGGAAACCAAAUGCCGCUGAGGCCCUCAGAAAAGUGGCAGUCGUCCAAUUACCCUGUGGUAGUGGAAACGGUAUGGCGUGGAAUCUGACCGGGACCGGUGAAUGCAGCACCGCCGCCCUUUGCAUUGUGAAAGGUGUGCGGACUCCUUUGGAUCUCGCGAGUAUCACACAGGGAAAUACCAGGACGCUUUCGUUCUUGUCGCAAUCGCUCGGCAUAGUGGCAGAAAGUGACCUGGGAACAGAGAACCUUCGAUGGAUGGGUGAUGCAAGAUUCUUCUACGGAUUUCUCGUCCGACUCCUGGGCAAGACCCUUUACCCUUGUGAGAUCGCUGUCAAGACCGAGAUCGAGGACAAGGAGGAAAUAAAGAGACACUACGCCCGCUACAUGGCUAAAAGGACGACCCAAGCCCCCAUCUCUCAUGCUGAUCUGGAUGGGCCAUUGGAUAUGUCCAAAAGUCUUGGACUCCCCCCACUACAGUAUGGGACGGUCGAUGAUCCUCUGCCCACCGAUGCUGGCUGGACCCCUUUGACUCCCUACCCCAAUCUGGGCAACUUUUACUGCGGCAACAUGACCAUAAUGACGGCGGAUGCCCCAUUCUUUCCUGCUUCCCUUCCUUCGGACGGCCUGCUCGAUCUAGUCACUAUCGAUGGCGACAUCCCGAGACGGAAAGCCAUCGACCUCCUGCUUUCCGUUCCUAAAGGCACCUUUUUUGACAAGGAAAGCGUACGCGUCCGGAAAGUCAGCGCCCUCCGUGUCAUUCCGCGCUAUGGGACAAUGGCAGAGUCUGCAGGAGACAGCGACCAUGGGCAGAACAAGCAGAGUCGAGCGGCCGGCCAGAGCAACUACAGAAAGAACAUAAAUCGAGACGCUGGCCACUUCUCAGUCGACGGGGAGAAGAUGCCUUUUGAACCCUUUCAGAUUGAAGUUCACAGGGGAUUGGGCACGGUUCUGAGUCGGCGCGUGGGUGUCUACGAAGCGAUUGGACCCAAGGGUUGGGAAGAGAUCGACGUCGGUACCCUCUAA